GCGCAGUCGCUGCAGAACGCGGCGGUCCAGGGCGAGGCCGCCGACCCGGAGGUGCACAAGCGGGUUGCCGCCGUGCAGGUGCAGGUGCAGGGCAUGGAGGGCGACUGGAGAGCGUACUGCGAGCAUCCCCUGUCGGUGGCGACCGCGGCCAUGCUGAACCUGCAGCAGCAGCACCAGGUCUCCGGAGUCUCCGGCCACGGUGACGACCCGGCCGCCUCCUACGUCUACGAGUACUACAAGCUCCCGGAGAAGGCGGCCGACGUCAAGCUACCCCCCACGCACGAGCUAUGGACCACGGGUGUGAUGGGGCAGAAGCUGCUGGUGCAGGAGGCGCCGGGCCCAGGUCCGGGGCCCGGCUCGGCGAAUCGCAUGGAGGGCGCCGAGGGGACCGGCGGUGGGGAGCUCCACCAAUUCCUCCACCAGUACAACCAGCAGUCCCACAGUCCGGGCCAGAGCCUCCAGGGUGGGCUUCCGCUUCCGCUGAGUCCGCAGUCCCUGCGCCACGACGGCUCGGCCGGCCAGGGCAUCGUCGGGGUCAAAAGGGAGCCCGAGGACCUCAGCUCCUCCCGAGGGGGUCAGCAGUCCAACAAGCGACACAAGCAGACCCAGCCAGACAGCCCGACGCCCCCAGGGAUGUACCACCAUCACCAGCACCAACUUCAGGUGCAGCAGCAAUAUGGAAGCCCCUACGACCCCUACUCGUCGUGCAGUCCGCGACUGCAGUCGACGGCAUACACGUCGACUUCCGGCACUACCGGAGCGAACACGGGGAACCCUGGGUUGCACCAGGAGGCCGCCGCCGCGGCGGUCUACGUCGCCGGCGACGCCCUGCCCCCGCUGGCGUCCUCGGCCUCCUCGUCCCUAUCGACCACCACGGCUUCGUACACGAGGUACGAGGUUGUACCCAGCUCUUAUGCUACGACACACGCGAUUCGCUCCACGUCGAGCAGCAGCAAAGUCUUGACCGUUGAUCUUCCCAGCCCGGACUCCGGCAUCGGCGCCGACGCCGUCACGCCCAGACAGGACCACCAUCCACCCACAGCUCUGCAUCAGUCGUCGUUUGACUACACGGAAUUGUGUCCCGGAGGAACCACGGCGGGCGCCGCGGUGGUCCUCGAGAGUGGCGCCGUCAUCCACCACCAGCCACUGCAGCUGCAGUUGCAGCAGGGCCACGCUCAGGCGCAGGUCCAACGCGGAGGAUUGGUGGCGGCAGGUGCUACCAACCCCAACCCCAAUCCACCAAGGUCAAGGCCAUGGCACGAUUUCGGCCGGCAAAAUGACGCCGACAAGAUCCAGAUAUCAAAAAUCUACUCGGCUUACGGAUUCAAGUAUCACCUGGAGUCGCCGAUAAGCACGUCGCAGCGACGGGAAGACGACAGAAUAACCUACAUCAACAAGGGCCAAUUCUAUGGGAUCACCCUGGACUACGUGCCGGACCCUGACAAGCCACUCUUGAAGACAGGACAGACCGUCAAGAGCGUGGUGAUGCUGAUGUUCCGCGAGGAGAAGAGCCCCGAGGACGAGAUCAAGGCAUGGCAGUUCUGGCACGGCAGGCAGCACUCCGUCAAGCAGAGGAUCCUCGAUGCCGACACGAAGAACAGCGUGGGGCUGGUCGGCUGCAUCGAGGAAGUGGCCCACAACGCCAUCGCAGUUUAUUGGAACCCCCUUGAGUCUUCUGCAAAGAUAAACGUCGCGGUGCAAUGCCUCAGUACAGAUUUCUCGAGCCAGAAAGGGGUGAAGGGUUUGCCCUUGCACAUUCAAGUGGACACGUACGAGGAACCGCCGCCACACACCCACUCGUACACCCCGCCGUCCCACCGUGGUUAUUGCCAGAUAAAGGUCUUCUGCGAUAAGGGAGCGGAGAGGAAAACUCGCGACGAGGAGAGACGAGCGGCGAAGAGGAAGAUGACGGCCACCGGGAGGAAAAAGCUGGACGAGUUGUACCAUUCCGUGACGGAGCGCAGCGAGUUCUACUCGAUGGCUGACCUGCACAAACCGCCGGUCCUGUUCUCGCCCCCGGCCGAGCACGCCAUCGAUAAGUUCUCGACGAUGGAGUUGUCGGGAUUCUACGGAGGUGGCGGCGGCGGUGGCGGAGGUGACACGGACACCUCGUCCCUGAGUAACGGUGAGGGUGGAGGAUUGAAGGCAGGGGGCGGCAGCCCCUACCCCGCGUGCGGCAGACCGAGCCUGCCGGCCCUCAAGUUCCACAAUCACUUUCCGCCCGACAAUCUGAGUUCCCUCCACGACAAGAAGGACUCGUUGCUGAUGCAGGUGCAGGAGCUCCAGGGCUCGGUGCUCCAGGGCGUGCAACCGAGCGGCCUGGCCGCCGGGGCGGUGGUCUCCGGGGUCGGUAACCGGUUGCACCUCCAGCAACAGCAACACCUCAGGGGCGCCGACGCCGAGGAGCGCGUCAUGCUCUACGUUCGCCAGGAAUCCGAGGACGUCUACACGCCCCUCCACGUCACGCCGCCGACGGUCCAAGGACUCCUCAACGCUAUUGAGUCAAAGUACAAAAUUGCAUCCUCGAGUAUUAAUAACCUCUAUCGCAAAAACACAAAGGGAAUUACGGCGAAAAUUGAUGACGACAUGAUCCGGUACUACGUCGACGAGGACCUCUUCUUGUUGGAGGUGAGCCACUCGCACGUGAGCGGCGACCCGAACGCCGACCGCAGCGCCAACCCGGGAUCCCCAGGAGACCCGGAGGACCCGGGCGACCCGCCCAGCGCCGGCUACGACGUCACCCUGAUCGAACUGCCCUCGUCUCCGACGCCCCUAUCUCCCUCGCCGCUCGCAGCGCCAACUAGCGGCCACGGGCACCUCCACGCGCAUGCGCACCCGCAUUCGCACGUGCACGCUCACGUGCACGACAACGGAAACACGUGAGCGUGGCCGGCGACCAGCGCGGGUGUUCCUUGUCAGAGAGCAGGUAAGCGAGAGCCGAGUUGGAGCUCUUCGUCCCCGUCACGGAAGAGACGAGAAAGGAGCAGGGCGGAUUUCAAGAACGCGCCAUCUCUGGAGCCGCCUCCGAACUAACAGGAGAGGAAAACGCGCCGCCAUGUUUGCUCGUCUCCGUGAGACCGGAAGUCGACGAGAUAAACGUUCUACAGCGCUCUGAGGGGAUCUCGCGAGAAGUGCGACACGGUCGGCUCAGGACAUUAAGGGAAGGCAUGCGAAAGAAUGCAGAAUGUUUUAUUAAAAACCACGAAUUCUUGCGCGUUCAAGCGGUUGAGCGUUAAACAUCGAAUGCGCCGGAUUUCGAGCCUGACGUGCAACUUCUGCAAGGGAGUAUUCCUGAGUAUCGUUAAAGGGAGCUGACUAUGCUGAACCUUGUAUCAAUUUGACGAGGACUGCUUAAGUUGGGAAAAAAAUUCAAAUUUCAACGUCCGCCCAUUGGCGAGGUGAAAAUAAUUCUAACUGGCGCCGCAUCGGGGCGCUAGUUGACUGACUUAGACAGGCUGCGCUGCAGCUUUCUUCCGAAACGGGUUGAAAUGCCUUAAAUGAUUAAUGAUAACGAGGUAAUUAUUUUAAACGCUCCUAGGCAUGUGCGGAACUUUGCGGGAAUACAUCCGCGCGGUUUCUUUCUUUUUUUUUUUUUACGCAACGUUUAACGCGGGAGGCGAUGUUACAAUCGAAGAUGCAAUUUUCGCUUAUAUAUUGUACAUUUUGCGAGGCGCGGACUUGGUUAUCUAAGGAUAACGAGGGAAACUACGUAAGUGUUAGUGAAAACGGAGCGAAAUAACGAAAGAGAGAAGAGAGAUACGUCCGAACGUUAAUGAGUAUGCAAUGUGGGGACUGGAGGCGAGGAAUUCCCUACUCGGGCACGAUAACUUAAGUAAAUCAAUCAAAAUUGAUUUAAGGACUUUUUAUAAUUAUAAUAAGUGUACGUAUGACGUAUGUAUAUUGUCGCGCCGCUUUCGCGGGGUUUUAUUGAAUUUUUGUAUAGCGUGCGAGAGUGAGUGUAUGCGUACGAAGAGUAAACGGAGAAAGGUGUAUAGCUUAUAAAAAGGCGCGUCUGCUUAACUGCAGCGCAUACCUUAUCAGCAUAGUGACCAGUGGAUAAAGGCGUUACGUUUCGUCACGUAACGUCCGAGCAAACGGAUCCUCUGCGAUUCAUAUUCUGCCAUACCGUUAGUCGCAUCCACCCCGAGUUAUAUAUAUACCCUUUACUAUUACGUAAACGAGCUAGGUACAUAGAUCUACGAACCACAUCGGCCAAGUACUUACGAUAUAUAUCCUUAGCCUAGCCGGCGUGGUUAAACCGUAUCUUCGCGACUCAUACGAAAAUCGCUUAUCAUAUCGUCCCGUAGCUACCCAUUGUUUUCUCCUUUAUCUUUUUUAUUUUCUUCUUAUUUCCGUUCCUUCAGACUCAUCGGUUCUAACUUAAGAUGCGCGCGCACAGUCACGCACCGUUCUCGGGCGGGAGUUUAAUAAGUUCCUCGCCUUUCCAACGUUGCGGCCGCCUGGAGAACGUUAUCACUAAUAACGUCCACAUCGGAUUAAACGAAAGAAUGGUCCCCGCCUUCCGACCUCAUUUUAUGAUCCACCGGUAGAAGAAAAACUCGCGAAUGAUAGCGCAGAUUAAAUGAGAAACUUAAAGAUUGACCUUCACCAGGCGCUCGUCUUGGUAGCGGUAUAGUUAACGCGUGGAAAGCAGAGGAACGACAUUUUCUAAGUCUUAAGACUAAGGUAAUUCAGCGUAAGUCCGUUUCAUUGCUCAUAUCUCGUAACUAAUCCGUCGUGCUCCAUUGUCGACUGCCGGCACGAAAUACUUAUAGGUGCGAUCCCCGCGAUAAUCGUCGAGCGAAUGCAAUUAACGUCACCUAGCGUAACGGAAAAUGGCGUCGCCUCGUCGAGGACAAGGCUGCGAAACGUAGAAACGUAAGAAGCGUGGGAGGGAGAGAAUGAGAGAGAACGAGUGAGAAAAUGUACGAACGCGACCGAGAGAGCGUGUAAAAAAAAAGUAACUGAAGCCUUCGAUGGAGCACGCAUUCCGAUGUACUUUUUGUGUUAUUUUUUUUUUUUCUUUCUUUUUUUAGUUCUUCCUUCAAUCGACGCGUCUUGGUUCAAUCGGUCGAUGCGAGCGACCGACGAGACUCGCCUCGUUUAUUGCCGAGGGUUUGCGAAAGCCUUACGACGACCGCACUUGUUAUUAGGACACUAGUGGCUAGGCUAGGCUAGAAGAGAGAAACAAGAACCACCUUCAAGAUCAGCCUACGUUAAUGCAUACGUACGUCGUACCCGAUAUCAAAGCAACGAUCAAAAUACGCUUGUAAAAUGCAUAUUAUUAUUGAUACUAUAUUUUGUUACAGUUCUUUGCAGGCAGUAUAGUAUAUAUUAUAAUAUUAUUUCUAUUGACUAGAAGCGAUAGCGAUUGCGCAUAUUGUUAUUUUCUUCUUUUAUAGAUAUAUAUAUAUAUAGAUAUAUAUAGAGUGCGUAACGCACAGCCAGGAAAUGGUCCCACGGGAGUCGAAUUUAUUGCGCAGCAUUGGCCCAUGACAUUAACGAUUAGACCCGCCGUUCGGGUGAUUUCUGCCUCUUCCUCGGUGACCCGAGUCCCCCGGGAGAGUCUCUUCAUGCGGACUUGGCCGCGGGUCGCGCCUCGAGAAAACCGCGAUUGCGAUUCCGCUGCUGCCCCGGAAUUUUCCUUUCCUCCUCGUCGUUGCCUCAGCCACGACCCGUGCUCUGACUCACUGCAACGUUUCGUACCGGAGGCGCACGCCUCGGCAUGCGCUCUCGCAUCUGCGAAGGUGCGUCCUCGAGUGUCCUCUUCUUGCCGAAUGGAACCACGUAACUGGCCGAUUUAUGCGUUUCUGUAUUAUAAGUUGAAUAGCGAGAUCGACUGGUCGCGGAUGGACCUCGAAAUUUAAGAUAUGAUAUCUGGAAACCGCGUUUAAGAACCGAAUCGCCGGUGCGCCAUCUGGUUUCGGAGCCUGGAAAUAUUCAGACAUUAUCACUGCCCUGGGUUAAUAUACUAUUGUUGCAAUAUUGCAUAUUUCAACAAUUAAUUGAAACGAUCAAGUUUCAUCCUGUUAAUUGACUUCUCUAAUUUCGAUUCGUAUUCCAUUGAGCACUCCAAAUUGUUUAUUGCGGGUUAAUUCUCUGGACUGGAUCUGACACUACGUAACGGAAUCCUGACACCGUUUAGUCGUUAAUUCUUGCUGUCGACAAUGAAAUCUAGUUUACUAAAUAUAACGGGCAUUAUAUGUUAUCGUCCUCUAAAUCAUUUCUCUUCGGAUAUGAUGUUUCGGUCUGCAGACAAUGCACCUUAAAAUGAUUGUGUACCGUGGAAGUAGCGAUAUCGAUAUUGUCAAUGGAACUGUUGCCAACUAGUAAUUUUAUCCUGUUAAUUUUGUAAGACAAUUUUGUACGGCAGACAUUGCAAAGAUUGUGAACAGAGUGUCGUCAUGCCCUUGUUGUAUCGAAAACGUAACAUUGUCAUUGUAAGAAAUAUACAUUACAUUCGACGAUACAACAUCGUUCUUAAGAUCUAGAUUACACGCACGGUAGACAUUUUGCAAUAUUCACAUUUUUUUUCUCUUUUUUUUUUCUAUAAGUUGACGCGGUAAAAUAUUCUGCCAUUAAUACAACAGAAUCGUUGCAGACUUAUCGAGCAGUCAUUAAUCAAUUUUCUUUAUUUUUUUUUUUCUUUCAAGUAGCAAAAGAAUCACUGACAGACUCGGCGCCUUAUCGAAACGUGCUCGCGACCAAACCGGACAUAAGGACUUAGUAUAAAAAUUGCAUAACAUUUUGCAAGCCAGAUUUAUCGGUUAAUGUAAAGACCCAUCGGCUCAGGUUGCGUGCAGUUCCAUUCGCGGGAAAAGGAAAAAAAAAUAAGAAGAAAAAUAACCGUUCGAAAGUCCCAUGUGUGGGUAGUGCACUGCCCAGUUAGUCAAGGCAACAUAAACGGCAAUCCAAUCUUUGCUCAAAUCCGCGGCGGAGUCCUCCAUAGAAAGCCCUGAUAAGGUAUCGCGAUCGGCAGCUGAGUUUUCUCCCGACGACCCCGGCCAAGGUUUUUAGCACCUGACUUCGCACGGUUAUUCCACACGAUCGGUCGUUCAUUAGUGCGAUCCGUAGGUUUAGAGAGCGUAGAAAUACCCCUUUUCCUUUUCCGUAGGUCGACCUAGAGCGCGUACCUCGUCCGAUAGGUACUAAUCGUGGAAAGGGGAGUAGCCGUGAAACGAACGAUUGUCGCGACGUCUUGCCAUCGUGAGAUUGUGCCAGAGGUGAUAUUAUAUUAUUACGAUGUUUAUUGCAACAAUAAAUAUUAUAUUAGUACGUUUUAUAAAUUACCAUAAUAAUUAUUAAUUCUCUAAGGUUAUUAGUAAUUUUAACGUUAUCACUUGUUAUCGGUCAGAUCGUUAAGUUGUAACUCGCAGGCCUACCCGAUCCUACGUGCGUGUACUCGUACUUCUCCGUUCUGGGAUUCUUUUCUGUGCCAAUUGCAGCUAAGACCUGUACUCCGUUAAUUGUCCUGACAUCCAUGGAUAUUAAUCGGCGAGUAGAGUAGCUUUUGUUGUAGUCAACGUUUAUUUUAUGGUCUUAAGGAAGAGAUAACCAUGCUCGACUCCUCUUUCGAGACACGCACGUAAACCAAGUUUGGUAGCAAUUAUUUGUUAUCGUCAAAUUUCAAUUAAGGAUGGGUGAUUAGACAGUGUCGGUCGGUUAAUCAAGUAGAUCAUUGUGAGAUAUCUUUUGUAAUUUUCCAUCUGGAAAUUCGAGAGAGAAACCAACGAUGAUCGCCUUUAUCGAAAAUCUCUGCUAUCCGGUGGUAUCAUUCAACGCGAUCAGUUGAAGAUUAGUAACAUAAACCGGUGUCAAUUAUUUCAAAAUGUGUAUAAUUUAAAAAAAAAAAAGGGAAAAGAAAGUAUGCAGGGAUUCUUGGAAAAUUCUCCCAAAUCCUUCCACUCAACAAUCGCUCCGCGCAAUUUUCAAAGGCUAUAUCGUUGCCUACUGUUUCCACGGAUAUCUGUACUUUUCCUGUACUUCAUUGUACACUUUUAAGACAUCUGAUCUCCGAAACUCCAUGACAACUCUCAGGAUCGCUUUCGCAACUUUAAGCUAAGCAAUGUGUCAAUGCGCAAAAUUUCUAUAACAAAGCAGUGACGUUGAAAUGUACUCAAUUACACAAGAUUAAUAUUCGUCAGAUUUUAAUGGUACUGUAGUUGCUCUUAAACCAUUUAUUAAUUUUGCCGUAAAAAUUUACACGAAGGGAAAACGUUCGCCUCGACAUUUUCAGUAAACGAUUCGUAAUGCAUUAUAUUAAUUAGAUACAGUAAUUUGUAUAGUGAAGUAUCGACGAGAUGACAAUUCUCAAUCGUUCGUUGUACGCGUGUAUUUCAAACCAGGCAUUUUGCUUAGGCGAUGUUUUCCACUUUUCAUUCAUUAAUAUUUUAGCAAUUUCCUUAAAUUGCUGCAAGUCAUACGCAUGUCGAGGAUUAAAAUGCACAUCGGCAAUUACGAAGGUGUCGACUGACUUUAAUAGUGAUUUAAGCCAUUAGGUAAAGCUGAGGACAGAGAAACGAAACGAAGAAAAUAUAAAGUAGGCGUAAGGGGAAAUGAGAUCGUGAAAAAGCGAGAGGGAGAGCGAAAGGUUUAUCAUAACAAGAUAUUAUUGUUGAUUGGUUUGUUUCUAUACAAAUAAGUACCUGAAAUAAUUGCUUUAUCAUAAGUAAGCAAGGAUAGGUAGGCACGAUGUUAAUAGGCGUUAAGUCACAUGUAUUAUACAAAAAAAUGUUUUUCAUAAUAAUACCAUGUAUACCCAUA